GCAGGGACACCAGCAUCGAGCAGAUCGGGGCAGCCGCACUGGCGGAGAUAGGCGAUCGAAAACCGGGAUUUCAGAACGACUCACACGGAUAAACCCCGUUCAUCGGUUCCCAGAGCAACUCGUGAAGUGACCGGGGAUGCGUUUAUACUGCCUGAGGAUAAAGCGCGUCCAAAGCGAGGAGUUUAAAGUUCCCCGGUGUCCUGAAGUAUGCUUUCCCUCUGCAGCCGCUAGGCUGGCGUGGUGACGCGGCUCAGCCGAGCAAUCCCCAAAACACAACGGGGAAUCAGACGAGAGGAAAUAACCAUUUUGGAGCUUACAUUUUUUCCGAUUUUGAUCAGAAUGUUCCUUUGACCUCAGAAGGUGGAUUAUAAACGCUUUCAGAGCUAAUUUAACGAGAAAAUAUCACUUUUCGGCAGCUAGCUAGCUGUCGUUAGCCGGCUAAUAUUAUAGUCAGCUAGCUAGCUAACUCGCUAGCUAACAGUAGCUAGCAGCUAUGUGCUUUAGGUAACACUUUUCUUCUCUCUUCGGUCUUGAUCUGUUCUUUUUUUGCCAUAUAGCAAGCUAGCUGGCUGGCUAGCUAACUGGUUAACAUUACUAUGAGUAGUUUUGUCUUUUAUAACCGGUUAACCAGUACUGUAUAAGAAGACCCAGUAGUUAGCUAGCUAGUUAGCUACAUGUUUUUGUCUCUAGAAGUAUCCAGCUGGCUGUCUGGCAAGUAAAUGAUUGCUAGCUAGCUAAGCUAAACAGUAAAGCUAACAAGUGCCAGCAAAUUCCCAUCUGCUCUUUUGGUGCUGCGGCCUUUGGAUUUUUUUCCUUUUUUAUGGGUAAUUUUUAAUGUUUUCUUUUUAUCCCUUCGGAUGAUUAAAUUGUUUCGGAUGGCUUGGACGACACAUGAAUGCACUUGAGAUAUUUUGUUCCGUCAUACGUACCUAGAUAACGUCUGGUAAACUUGUUUACUACAGCACUAAACCUGGUUAGCCAGCUAGCUAACUAGAUUUUGUAGUUUGCAAAGUAAGGAGCUGCGCAGAAGAGAAAAGGACUUUCAGCUCUACUGGCAAGAUGAUGUGCGAGGUGAUGCCCACGAUCAGCGAGGCGGAGAUCCCGCCGGGGGGUGGCGGCGGUGGCGGGGGGCGUGGCUCAGCCUCGCCGCUGCAGCCGGACGGGGACGGCCACUUCGAGUCGCUGAUGGUGUCCAUGCUGGAGGAGCGCGACCGGCUGCUGGACACGCUGCGUGAGACGCAGGAGAACCUGGGCCUGACGCAGAGCAAGCUGCACGAGGUCAGCCAUGAGCGCGACUCCCUGCAGAGGCAGCUCAACACUGCCCUGCCCCAGGAGUUUGCAGCCCUCACUAAAGAGGUGAACACGUGCCGGGAGCAGCUGCUGGAGCGCGAGGAGGAGAUCGCCGAGCUCAAGGCCGAGAGGAACAACACUCGGCUGCUUCUAGAGCACCUGGAGUGCCUGGUGUCCCGGCACGAGCGUUCCCUGCGCAUGACUGUGGUGAAGAGGCAGGCGCAGUCCCCGGCCGGCGUGUCCAGCGAGGUGGAAGUCCUCAAGGCGCUCAAGUCUUUAUUCGAGCACCACAAAGCCCUGGAUGAAAAGGUGAGGGAGAGGCUGCGGGUUGCCCUGGAGCGGUGCAGCGUGCUGGAGGAGCAGCUCACAGCUUCCCACAAAGAGCUGGCCCUUUUAAGAGAGCAGAACAGCCAAAAGAAGGUGCUGAACGAUGGAAAGGUGGAUGUCAACCACGAUGCGGAGAGUACCCCCAGCACCAAUGGCAAGCGGUCGUCGGACGGGUCACUGAGCCACGAGGAGGACCUGGCCAAUGCAGCGGAGCUGCAGGAGGUAGUCGACCAGCAGAGCAAGGAGCUGUGCCAGAUGAAGGAGCGGCUGGUCACGCUCUCGGCCCGCGUGGCAGAGCUGGAGGAGGACCUGGACACCGCCCGCAAGGACCUCAUCAAGUCCGAGGAGAUGAACAGCCGCCUGCAGAGGGACCUCCGAGAGUCCAUGGCCCAGAAGGACGACAUGGAGGAGAGGAUCACCACCCUGGAGAAGCGCUACCUGGCCACCCAGCGAGAAGCCACGUCUGUCCAUGAUCUCAACGACAAACUGGAAACGGAAAUCGCCAACAAAGAGUCCAUGUACAGGCAGACUGAGGAGAAGAACCGGCAGCUGCAGGAGAGGCUGGAGCUGGCAGAGCAGAAGCUGCAGCAGACCAUGAGGAAGGCGGAGACUCUGCCUGAGGUGGAGGCGGAGCUUGCCCAGAGGGUAGCAGCGCUGACCAAGCCUGAGCGCUAUGUGUGCGCUGACUCCAGCCUUAAGGAAGCUAAGUUGCAGAGGAAGGCCGAGGAGCGCCACGGCAACGUGGAGGAGCGUCUGAGGCAGAUGGAGGCGCAGCUGGAGGAGAAGAACCAGGAGCUGCAGAGGGCGCGGCAGCGGGAGAAGAUGAAUGAAGAACACAACAAGCGUCUGUCGGACACGGUGGACAAGCUUCUGUCUGAGUCCAACGAGAGGUUGCAGCUCCACCUCAAGGAGAGGAUGUCCGCUCUGGAGGACAAGAACGCGCUCAUCCGAGAACUGGAACACACAAAGAAGCUGAUAGAGGAAGCACACCACGAGAAGGAACAGCUGCUCAUCGAAAUCGAGACGAUAAGGGCCGAGAGCGAGCAGGGCAGGAGCAGGAGCAACUCCAUGCUGCAUCAUGGGCGCUCCUACCAUGGCAGCACGCCGGACUUCAGGUACCCGGUCUCCGCAUCCUCCAUGAUGGACAGCCACUCGGACCACUACAACAGCGCGCUGGUGCUGAGGCGGCCGCAGAAGGGGAGGGUGGCUGCGCUCCGAGACGAGCCCUCUAAGCAGAAGCAUGUGCAGACGUUGAACGAGCAGGAGUGGGAGCGCGUGCAGCAAGCCAACGUGCUGGCUAAUGUGGCGCACGCCUUUGAGAGCGACGUGGAUAUGUCGGACAUGGAGGACGACCGGGAGACCAUCUUCAGCUCGGUUGACUUGCUGUCGCCUGCCGGCCAGGCUGACGCCCACACUCUGGCCAUGAUGCUGCAGGAGCAGCUGGACGCCAUCAACACCGAGAUCAGGAUGAUCCAGGAGGAGAAGGAGAGCACGGCGCAGCGGGCGGAGGAGAUCGAGAGCCGGGUGGGCAGCGGGGACAACCUGGGCGGCCGCUUCCGCUCGCUCAGCUCCAUCCCCCCCUCGUUCGCCAGCUCGUCUCCGCCCGGCUCUGGCCGCUCCACCCCCCGCCGCGCACCGCGCAGUCCCAGCCGAGAGGUGGACCGCAUGGGCGUCAUGACCCUGCCUAGCGAUUUACGGAAACACCGCAGGAAGUCUGCUCAGGACGACAAGGCCACAAUAAAGUGCGAGACGUCGCCCCCAUCGACCCCGCGCACCGCCAGACUCAACAAGGGAGCCGUCCACGCAGCCAGCCACGAGGACAUCCGGGAUAUCAGGAGCUCUGCAGGCCUCCAGGAUGGCCAGGGCAGCAACCCCAGCAGCAGCAACAGCAGCCAGGACUCGCUCAACAAAGCAGCCAAGAAGAAGAGCAUCAAGUCCUCCAUCGGACGGCUCUUUGGCAAGAAAGAGAAGGGCCGGCCAGGCCCCCCCGGCAAAGACCCCUCCAGCCAAGCUGGCACUCCUGAAUCGGAGAGCUCGCCACAGGAUGCCCUAGGGCUCGGCAAACUGGGAGGCCAGGCGGAGAAGAACAGGAAGCUGCAGAAGAAUCCAAAAACAGGGCACGAGCUUCUAGACGAGGCACGGAGGCAGGGCCUGCCGUUUGCCCAGUGGGACGGGCCCACGGUGGUGGUCUGGCUGGAGCUGUGGGUGGGGAUGCCAGCCUGGUACGUGGCUGCCUGCCGGGCCAACGUGAAGAGCGGCGCCAUCAUGUCGGCGCUGUCGGACACAGAGAUCCAGCGCGAGAUCGGCAUCAGCAACCCGCUGCACCGGCUCAAGCUGCGGCUCGCCAUUCAGGAGAUCAUGUCUUUAACCAGCCCCUCCGCCCCGCCCACCUCCCGCACGUCCACGGGCAAUGUGUGGGUCACGCACGAAGAGAUGGAGAGCCUGGCGGCCACGCCUCAGACGGAGGAUGAGGAGGGCAGCUGGGCCCAGACGCUGGCGUACGGGGACAUGAACCAUGAGUGGAUCGGGAACGAGUGGCUGCCCAGCCUGGGCCUACCCCAGUACCGCAGCUACUUCAUGGAGUGCCUGGUGGACGCCCGCAUGCUGGACCACCUGACCAAGAAGGACCUGCGUGGUCAGCUCAAAAUGGUCGACAGCUUUCACAGGAAUAGUUUUCAGUGUGGCGUAAUGUGCCUACGGAGGCUGAACUAUGACAGAAAAGAGCUGGAGCGAAGGCGAGAAGAAUCCCAAACAGAAGUCAAAGAUGUGCUGGUGUGGAGCAAUGAGAGAGUGAUAAACUGGGUUCAGUCCAUCGGGCUGAAGGAGUACGCAAACCACCUGCUGGAGAGUGGUGUCCACGGCCCCCUGCUGGCCUUAGAUGAGACCUUCGACCACAACGCACUAGCACUUCUGCUGCAGAUCCCCACACAAAACAUCCAGGCAAGAGCCACUCUCGAGAGGGAGUAUAACAACCUCCUGGCUCUGGGCACAGAGAGAAGACUGGAUGAGGAUGAUGACAAAAACUUCAGGAGGGCGCCCUCCUGGAGGAAGAAAUUCCGACCCAAAGACGUGAGGGGGAUGUCGCCAGGGUCCACGGAAACCCUUCCUGCCAACUUCAGGGUGACCAACACCAUGUCCUCACCAUCCAUGCAGCCAAAGAAGAUGCAGAUGGACGGAAGUGUAUCUGGGACACAAAGGCUGGACACUGCUACAGUCAGGACUUACUCUUGUUAACUCUCUUUUCGUCUACCCUCAUUACUUCUAUAGGUGAUUAUGCUGCAUAUAUCCAGCUGAAGAGGUCAGCGUCCACAGCUUCGGGAUGGAAUCCUGAUGAAACUCAAUAUUUAAUUACAGAGUAUACAUUGAUGUCACCAAUCUCUUGAGUACCCCAGAGAAAAGACUUUAGUUUAUUGGAUUUUAUCACAUUUAUCACAUUUAUGCAAAGUUGGGACAUUUAUUUAGACCUUGAUAUGUACUUUUUCCUUUAGUCUGAAUUAUUUCUUCCUUGAAAAUUUCCCUGUGCCCUUAUCAAAUCCAACACUAUCAGCUGUAACUGAAUGUAUCACAAGUUUGAAGUUUGUAUAUUUAUCUACAAGCAUUAGCUAAUCUUUUUAUACUCCUGAUCUUGUAUUGACCACAGAUGUUUGUUUUAAUCAUGGAACUUAAUCUAAAGCGACUUUGUGUGCUGUACCGUCAUUUUAGCCCUUUCACAUUUAUUCUUUAAUCAUAUAGCGUUUGAUUAUUUUUUUAAAUGCAGCUUUUAGGUCAAAAGCAACUUUUGAAUAGCAGCGGACUGGUGAAUCCCUUUAAGUGACGUUGCUUUGUGUGGCAGUCAAACGUGUUGGAGAAGCUGAGGUUCCUGUGUGUCAGAGUAACAAAGCGUGAUCGUGGGUUAUCGUGCCCCCAAUGUUUGGCACACACCUCCGUAAAACUUCAUUUCUGUUUUCAACUGUGAUACCAAAUCGAAAAACCUUGCGUAAAGCCAUAAGCGCAAAGAAGACGAGGACUUCUUUCGGAUGCAUUGCUUGGCUAGUAGGUACUCUGAGAAUCUGGCAGCCACAGAUGCCGGAACACUCCAUUCCCUCCUCCUUCAUCGGACACGUGUGGUAGGACGCCGAUGUAGGGGCUCUCUUUGUUAAAGGACCAAUUCCACUGUGGCCUCAUUUCCGAUGAGUAGUCUGAAGAAAGCAGCACAAUUCCCUCAAUAUCCUAUGAAUGCAUUGUAUCAUGACUCUUAAUUAAGCCUUAUUUUUAUUUGGUUUUUAUUUAUUCCAAGUUGUCUGUCAGUAUUUGUGUAGCGGUUGCCAUUUAUUCAGAUGGUUGUGAUUGCUGGUGUGUUUCUGAGUAUGUUGUUGGGUUGGUAUCAAACACAGGUUUCUCUGUAUUUACGUGGGUGUCUGAUGUUGAGAAAUCGAAGAUUUAAGCUCGGAGGUGAUUUCCCCUCAUGUACGUACAAUGCCCCUUUGUGUCUUGGUGAUUUAGACAUUUAUGCAAAUUCAGAUCAUGUGACUGUCUCGUUUUUUUAAAUGUUGCCCUUUUCCCAUUUUAAAUCUCAUCAACUUGUAACAAAAAUGAUGUACAGUCUGUGUACUUUUUGAACUAUGUUUAUCACAGUAUUAUUUAUUGCUGACUUUCAAUAAAAUACUGAACUUAUUUUCC